GCGUAAACGGAAGGCAGCAGUGUGCAAACUGUCGUGAAAGCACAUCAACGCAGAAAGCCGCGAGCAGGACGCUACUAAGUCAGCCUUAUUAUUUGUUCUCCAGUUUGAAAUAUUUACGUCGUAUAAAAUACAUCUUUGAUUCUUUAGUAAAGGAUAAAGUCGUAUCGGUGCGCCAGAAGCACUGUGCUGCUUCUCGUGCUAUCUUUGUUUGUUAGUUAGCUUAGCUCGAUAAUUACCUUAGCUUGUUAGCUGCUAACAGAAGACACAGAAGUUAUCAACUCAUCGCUAAGUAGAGAUCAAGUGUGAGAGUAAAGUGUUGUGAUUGUGGGAAAAUGUCUAAAUUACAGAUGUUGAGAGCGUUGGUGGAUCAGCGACUAACUGCUGCCGUUGAAGAAAUAUUUGUAGUGUUAGAAAGAACGAUAGCAGAAUACGAGGUGAAACUUUCUAGAACAAAAGAGGAUUGCAAUCAACUACUGGACGCUGUUUUCAAGAAAGAUCAAGUUGUGUUACACAGAACAGCAGACGUCCAGCAGGUGUCAGCAGAGAGUCAUGAAGAGAUUCCCUCCAAGCAGCAGGAGUGGAGUUCAAGUGUGGGACAGAAGGAGCUACAGGCCCCCUUUCACAUUAAAAAGGAUCAGCUUCAUGAUGAAGAUGAAGCUCAUUCCUUACAGCUGCAUCACAGUCAAAGUGAGGAGAACAGAGGGGCGGAGCUUGUAAGUCCGCACAUCACAGAAGCUGAUGGGGAGCAUUGUGAAGAUAUAAAGUCAGAACCAGACAGCAUCUUUGCUCCACUGUCAGACAUGGACCACAUGAUGUCAGACUCUUCUGAUCACAGUGACCACAUCCAAAAACUUUUGGAGAGUAAAAAUGACUCUAAAGGUGAUACGAGACAUCACACUAACAACAAACACUUUGACUGCUCUGAAUGUGGGAAAUCAUUUAGACGGAAGAGUAAUUUUACAGUACACAUGAGAAUACAUAAUGGAGAGAAACUUUUUACUUGCUCCGUUUGUAAGAAGAGUUUCUCCACAAAACUUAUCAUGACUAGACACAUGAGAACACAUACUGGAGAGAAACCUUUUACUUGCUCUGUUUGUAAGAAGAGUUUCUCCAUAAAGGAAAGCAUGACUAGACACAUGAAAACACACACUGGAGAGAAACCUUUUACUUGCUCUAUUUGUAAGAAGAGGUUUUCCAGAAAGCUAGAAAUGUCCACGCACAUGAGAAGACAUACUGGAGAGAAACCUUUUACUUGCUCUGUUUGUAAGAAAAGUUUCUUCAGAAAGCAACACAUGACCAGACACAUGAGAACACACGCUGGAGAGAAACCGUUUCGUUGCACUGUGUGUGUUAAAAGGUUCAGGUUUAGGAAUCAGGUCAGUGAGCACAAGUGUGUAACAGUCAUGGAAGCUGCAGGGAAUUAAAAACACUUAAACAGUGAUUGUGCUAAAUGUACUUUAAAAUCACAUCAUGUUUAAUAUGAAUGUAUAUUUGAUGUUGCAUGUAGUGCUUAUCAUCUUCUACUGUUAUAUGUUGUCCGAUGCUUACUUUUUAAGUCUGUGCAUAUGUAGUUAUUAUUGUAUUCUAUCUUCUCAUUUGUUUUUAUUCCACACAUUUUUUCCAUUUAAUUUUAUUGAUGUUAUUAUCCAAUUGAAAGAAUGAAUGAAUAAAAUUGUUAACAAAACGUGGACUCUGAUCGAUGAGCAGCAUAAUUACGUCAUGGAUGUUAACUACUGCAAAACAUCAACAAAGAAGAAAAAGGCUGAAGUUAGCAACACAUCACUGAACUUUACAGCCAUCGUGAGUGGAGUUGGUUGUUUUUAUUGCUGCAUUUGUACUUAUUUCACCUCACAUCUUCACUUUUAAUCCUCAAG